AUGGCUUCGAGGUUCACACAUUCCUCGCUCCACCAGCGCGAUCCUCGAGCCUCCUCGAGCCUCUUUGAUUCAUACGGCGGCAGCGACAGCGAGAGAAACCGCCCACAACCUGGUCGGUCGCCGGGGAAGAUUGGCGGAUAUGGCUUUUCGGGAUCUCCAAACGGACAUGUAGACAGAGAGACUGCGUCGUAUCGGGUCGCAACGCCGAACUCGAGGGGCCAAUAUUCCGAUGCAGUUCUUGACUCCCUCGAAUCACAAAACGAGACGGAGCUCGAAGGCAUGUCCGCGAAAGUGAAGAUGCUGAAAGACAUAACAAUAGCCAUAGGCGACGAAAUCCGUGACUCCUCCGCCCUCGCUGAAAAAAUGAACGAUACCUUUGACAACACUCGAAUACGGCUUCGCGGAACUAUGAACCGGAUGCUUAUCAUGGCUCAGAAGACUGGCGUUGGCUGGAAAGCCUGGCUGGGCUUCUUCUGCGCUGUAUUCUUGCUCUUCACCUAUGUGUGGCUGUUUUGA